ACCUGUCCGUGUAGUUCCUAUUAGUAGUUCCUGGUAGCACAGUCCAGAAGCACACACUGUACAGACUGUUGUUUUCCUCAGAACUGAAGCUGAACGCUCCUUUUAUUUGAGCUAAAAUGUUCAGAGGUCUCGGAACGUGGCUGGGUUUGGAGACCCCGACGUACACGAAGACGUGUGAUGAUCCGGAGCCGCUGAGCGUGGAGCAGGAAGAGAAGGUGGUGGAGGCACAAAACGAGGUAAACAAACAGCAACCAGCUGACCAGGCUGCGGAACCAGAGGCCAAGCAGGACGACUCUGAGCUGGGAAAGGGGCUGGGAGACUAUAUCUUCAGUUUUGCCACCAGUGCCACCAAGAAGAUCUCAGACUCAGUGGUAGAGACCGCUCAGACCAUCAAGAAGAGUGUGGAAGAGGGGAAAAUCGACGGCAUCAUAGACAAGACAUUUCUAGGAGACUUCCAGAAAGAGCAAGAGAAGUUUGUCCAAGAAAAAAAGUCCAAAAGAUCAGAAGUAGCAGUGCCUCCCUGGGUUGGCUACAAUGAGGAAGAGACGAUCCAGCAGCAGAUCCUCGCCCUGUCAGCUGACAAGAGGAACUUCUUGCGAGACCCCCCUGCUGGCGUUCAGUUCCACUUUGACAUGGAGCAGAUGUAUCCUCUGGCUUCAGUGAUGCUGGAGGAAGACCAACUCCUCAACCGCAUGCGCUUCGACCUGGUCCCCAAACACGUGAAGGAGGAGGUUUUCUGGAGGAACUACUUCUACCGGGUGUCUCUGAUCAAGCAGUCGGCUCAGCUCACAGCAUUGGCAGCGCAACAGCAGCAGGAUGGCGAGGACAGAGGGGCCAGUGUUUCACCUGAGGACGUAGUGUUAACAGACAAUGUCAGACCAAAAACGCCACCUGUUUCAAUCAGCGACAUAAAGAAGCCACCUCAGGAAGAAGAGGAGGAGAUGUCAACGAGUCCCGGAGUGUCCGAGUUCGUGAGCGACGCUUUCGACUCGACGGCCAUCAACCAGGAGGACCUGAGGAAAGAGAUGGAGCAGCUGGUGCUGGAUAAGAAGGACAGCCUGCCCUCUCCUGAUGAGGACUCAGCCGACUGGGAGAAGGAGCUGCAGCAGGAGCUCCAGGAGUACGAGGUGGUGACCGAGUCAGACAACAAAGACGACCAGUGGGAUCAAGAAAUCGAGAAGAUGCUUCAGGCUGACGAAAGCUAGACAACCACCUGCUUGUCUGUCGGCUUUACAGGCAGUGAUCUGGCCCAGAGUGGAUGACGAGUGAACAGUGAUGCACAAGAGGAUUAACUUUACAUAUCCUCGACUCCAACCCCCUGACUCAGUGCCCAGUGUGUUUACUGUCUUGUAAACUUUCCCCCUGUACCUGAUGAAGGUGUAGAUAUGGUAACAGUGAGAGUUUAUUACCUCUGCUGGAAGCAGGCGUGUUAGUGAAGUGCUAUUUCUAAGUUAGUUUUGCCUACCUGCUUUCCCUUAACUGUUCUCUUUUUUGGCUGGGAAGGGGAAAAGCCGCUAGAGGGCGCUCCAGUACAAGCGUCAUGAAUUUAAUGAUGGACGGGGCAUGUUUUUGAAAUCACAGAUCUGCAUUUCCACUGCUGCUCAUUGGUGGACUGUACAGUAAAGGCUUAUAGUAUAGAUAUAGCACAUUAAAGUCAAAUGUAAAGUUCCAUUUAUGUAAAUAAAGAGGAUUCUAACACUAUACUCUAAUUCAAGUCGCAUUUCCCUGUCAUUACUUCUACCUGUCCUUUUACAUUUUGUAUCACAUUUUCACAAACUUGUAUGUGCAUGUCUGCAUUACAACUGACAUACUGUACAUUCUGUUUUUUUCUGUCUUUAAUAAAUAUUUAUCUGUUA